CAAAGAUCCGGCUAUAUUCACAAACCCUGCACUUUUACACAUCCAUCUUCAUCCCUCCUCACACCUUUGUUGUAUAAUAUGCUUAAGCUUGGUCUUGGUAUCCGAAACAUAUCCUCGGAGUCUGUGCUCAGGCGGAUGAAGAGCCAACUCUUGGGUCCACGUUUCGCCCUCAAGAGUAGCCAAGUCAAGGUUUCCCCAGUCUUCCAAGCUCGCUUCUACUCUUCUGCUAAACCAAUUCAGUCUCCAUUCUACAAAAGCAAGCGGUUCAAAUUUGCCUCCCGUAUGUUUUUAGGGAUUCUUAUCGGGUAUGCGGUCUUCCACGGGAUGCGUCCGGUCAUGGAAAAGUGUUUCCCUCGGCUUACUGCAGCCUCCAGGCGUAUGUUUGCCGUUUCAGAUGCUCUUAUAAAGUGUAUUGGUAAUUAUAAAAAGGCUUUAGGGGGCACCUAUGCCACUGAAGCGGAAGAAACAGGAGUUUUGAAUGCCUGCCACAAGAAAUGUGCCCUACUCACGUUGAGGGCCAUUGAGGUCAAUGGGGGUAUCUAUAUCAAACUUGGUCAGCACCUUUCGGUAAUGCAUUAUCUUUUGCCACCUGAAUGGACUGAAACAAUGAAGGUUCUACAGGACCGUUGUCCCCAGUCUUCCAUUGAGGAGAUUGACUUAAUGUUCCAGCUGGACCUUGGCCAAUCAAUCGAGGAGUUAUUCUCGGAGUUCAAUCCUAACCCUAUUGGAGCUGCUUCGUUGGCCCAGGUACAUACUGCCGUCUUGAGAGAGUCUGGCGAAACGGUGGCCGUCAAGGUUCAACAUCCGAGUUUGCAGCAGUUCGUUCCACUUGACAUUAAGAUGACCAAGUUUGUAUUCUCCCUCUUGAAGAAAGCCUUCCCCGAGUAUCCUUUGAUGUGGCUUAGCGAGGAAUUGCAAGAGUCUAUUUACACUGAAUUGGAUUUCACCAAGGAGGCCAUCAAUGCUGCCAAGACGGCCAGAUACUUUGAAAAUUACCAAAAGCAAACCGCCUUGAGGGUUCCGGAUGUCUACUGGGCUAAGCCACGUAUCAUGCUUAUGGAGUACGUUGCAGGUGCCCGUUUAGACGACUUGGACUACUUGGAGAAACAUGGUAUUUCACGAUCAGAGGUCUCCUCUUGUCUUUCGCACAUUUUCAACAACAUGAUCUUCACCCCAGGUGUCGGGAUCCACUGUGACCCCCACCUUGGCAACUUGGCGAUUAGACCCGUCGACAAGACUUCUAAGAAGGGCAAUUCUCACAACUUUGAAAUUGUGUUGUAUGACCAUGGCCUUUACAGAGACGUUCCUCAGGAAAUGAGAAGAAACUACUCUAAGUUUUGGUUGGCUAUUCUUAAAAAGGAUAAUGAAAAGCUGAAGUUUUACGCCAAGAAGUUUGCCGGUCUUACCGACGAACAGUUCCCCAUCUUUGCUGCUGCCAUCACUGGUAGAGAUUUCAACCAUGCUGUGAGUGAUGUCACAUCCGUUAGAACUGCUGCAGAGUGCAACAACAUGUCUGAUAGCUUGACACAAGGUAACCUCCUUUUUGAUUUGAUGAAGUUGUUGGCGACCGUUCCAAAGGUAGUGUUGUUGAUUCUCAAGACCAACGAAUUGACCAGGGCCUUGGACGAAACUUUGAAGAAUCCACUAGGGCCCGAAAGAACGUUUCUAAUUUUAGCCACCUACUGCGCCAAGACUGUUUAUAAUGAGGAUGUGGAGAAAACCAAUGCCUUGUACAGAAAGUGGAGCUUUGGAUGGAUAUGGGGCGGGCUCAGUGCAUGGAUUAAGUACAGAAAGUGCAUUAACGAAUUAUUCUUGUACGAUUGUUACAUGCUUGUGAAUAAUCUCAAGUUGUCUUUCUAAGGUAUGGAAUCUCAGCAUUUUGUUGUAUUCUCAUUGAGAAUAUAACCGCUUCACUUUUGUUUUUGGUGAAUUCAAGAUAUUAUAGUCAGGUUUGUAUAUAUUUCUCUUUACCUGAAUAUUAAUCCGUACUUGUGUAUAUGUUCC